AAGCACGGAAUAAAAUCAUAUCGAAUGUUGUUCAAUUCUCUGGAGUCCGCGGAUCGAGUGAUGGUCACUCGCCUCUCUUUUUCGCGGUGCUCGUUCAUAUUUUUCCAGGAGUGAUUAGCGAGUGGAACCUUGGAAGUAACAGACUUGGGAUCGGUUCAAAGUUGAGUCGCGUGAACGCGGUAGCGGCCGCUGGAUAAUGGAAAGUUGAGAGUGGAGGAAGAAGUUAAAGGCGAACUACCAGUCACUACGCGCAUGCCGAUCAAAACCACUCAAAGCAGCCUUACUCCGGCUGGCUAGCUGUUCCAAGUUCCGUAUGUCCUAUCGGCAGUUGUGAAUCCGACGCCGACGUUGAUUACGACGCGCUAAACUGGACGCUAAAUAGGCCGCAUUUCUAUUUCGCAAACGCCAACCGCGGUGAAAACUGAAUUUAUCAAUUCAUCCGUUUUUACCCGAUGAUUUGGUCGAAGAGUUUGAUGGAAAUUUUCGAAGAAUAGGGAUUUCGGGAGAACGAACGGUGUCGCGCGGUAUCCGGAUCGUCGAUAUCGAACGAUAUUCGUAGACCCGCGAUUCGUUUGAAUUUUCAAAAUCGCAAUUGGCUCGAAUUACGUUCCAACGACCGAUCGUGCCGUAUGGAGUUGCACUUGAUUCCUCGCGAUAUUUGUGUUAUCAACGUCGGUGAUUGCAGCUGUUUGAGAAGAUGUGGUUUAAUCAUUUGCUCGUCCUCUCGAUCAAUGAAUUUUUAUAGUGUUAAUGGAACAGGUGGUACCGUCAAAUAAAAUCGUACCGUUCAAUUAUGAAAGGAGAUAAUUAUUCGCCGAGAUCGCAACUGGAGUAUUAUAUGCCAGUUAUACCGGUCGUUUGAACGCGAGGUUUAGAAACCGCAUUGCAGUGGUACGAUAUGAGACUGAUAUACCAGCUGAUAUUUACUCGCUGAUUUCUCUUCGGGUAUAAUCCGUACACACAAUACCACGAUGCACCGUUUUAUUGUAUGAAUAACGGUAUUCGUACGUAAAAGCACUGUAAAAAAACCUUAUCGCCGAUGGAUCCGUCGAUCGCCUUGAUCGGGGGCAAUUUACUAAUUGUUCAUUAAGAUUGCCCACACGUGACAUUGCCCGGUUUGACAUCACGUUCAGAGUCAAAUUACAGCUACUUGACUUUAUUACCGAUCAUGAACUUGGGUACAAGUAAUAACAAUAGCAAUGACACUGUUCUUGAAUUAUGAGACGACCUAGUGAACUGGGGAAAUUCUCUACGAGUGCCUUUUUUUAUCCAUUCAAAAUUAUCAUUAGCGUAUGAUACCAUCGGGUGACGUAAUUUCAAAACGUGUUUGUAAAAGUGACAGCUGGCACGUGGAUUACUUCUCGAUCUCGUGUGGUUAUCGCUUUGGUUUCCCUCUCCGCACUGGUAUCCUGCACGGUUCUUCGACGGAGUCAUCGUCGUCACCGCGGCGCCCGGCUAGCAGCCCAGGGUGCAGGCGAUGGUAUAAAUAGUUCGUUACUCGUUGGUAUACAUUGAAAAGUGGGGGUCGCUCGUCGUUGAAAAUAGAAAAGAAUGUUUUUUGAAUCCAAUUGGACUUGGUUGGCAGAAAGAUGGGGCAAUAUGGCCGACUUGGCCGAGCGGGUGGACGAUCUGAUAUGCAGUUUUGACUCGGCCGGUGACACCACAAUGGAUACACUAUCAAUGUUGAUAUUCGGUUGGAUGCUGUUUGGCCUGAUAGUGCUGUGUGUCGGAAAAUAUCUUUACAAUCGUUUCGCCCUUCAGGGUAUCGGCGCGGCUGGUUCGGCCAAAGACACCAGUGCUACUGACGGUGUUGUGAUUUCUGGUGCUGCUAGUGCUGGUGCAAGUUUAGCCGGUGCAGCUGGAUUAAAAGCUAAUUUAAGGACAUCUUCAUCCUCGUCAGGAGCUGGAGCAUCGCAAAAAUCACCCCCGGGUUCGUCUUCGCCGACCGGUUCCGCUGGCAGUGGAGGUACAUCCACUGGCUACGUGCCGCCGACACCACCAGUCCGGAAGCGGUUGACCCGGAAGACUUCCGGUCCCUUGAUAAGUCCCGCCCGAAGUUCUAGGGCCCUUCAUCUUCCAACGGCAACCGGAGCGGACGCUGAGGCCGUCCGUUGGGUCAACGAGCUUAUAGUCUGGCUUCAUUCUGAUCUCGUUAUAUUGAACGAACUUCUAGCCACCUGGGUUAAUUCACUUAACGAAUUCACGGCCAGUUCAGUUGAAGAGCAUGGAGUCGGCGUUGAAUUCGUUCGCGUUCUUCCUGAGACGCAUUCACCGGCCCUGUCGAAUAUAUUCUGCGAAUGUGACUCGAAAGAUGACGUGACGAUUACUUGCGACUGCGAAGCUACCCCGGCUCUCCAGCUCAAGGCCUUCCGACAACGUGGCGAAAAAGUCGAAGCCAGUCAUUACAGGGUGAACGUGAAUCGGUUCAGGGCUCGUCUUCACCUUGUUUGCAUAACCGAAAAAUUACUUUUGGACCUCAAGUGCGAUGGGUGGCCAGAGAUCAAGGUAUCCCUGGCCCCCGUUGGCACGAUAAAAAAGGACCUGGACGAAAGCCAGCUACAGGAAGUUGUGAAUGAGAUUGUGGUCGGCGCUCUCCGGGGUACAAACGUGCAUCUUAAUUUAUCUCAGUAUCCCACCUGCCCGAGAUUAUGGAGAGAACCACCCCCGCAACCUGGAUACAAUCUUCCGGUACAUUACGACAGCAUGAAUAAUUCGAAUAAAAUGAAAGAGCAUCAUCAACAUGAACUUCAGAUGCACCAGUCUCAUCCAUCAAAUUCUCAAUAUUCGAGGGGCGAUCGAAGACUUUUGGUGAAGAUCGUGAAGGCCACGGAACUCGGCGGUGCCGAAGGGUGUACGGAACCUUAUUGCGUCGUUGAACUUGACGAACCACCCCAGAAGAAUCAAACGUCCGUUAAAAAGGAUAACGCAAUUAAUCCAAUUUGGGAUGAAGCAUUUUUGUUCGACGUCAGUCAAAAUACUUCGGAGGUACUUCUCGAGGUCUACGAUCACGCGAAUAAGUCGCAGAGGUUUUUGGGACUGGGAAUCGUUGCGGUUGAAGAAUUACUCAUGAAUCCUAGCCAGAGGCAAAUCAUACCGCUUCAAGCUCGCCCGUAUGAACAAGAUGAAGUGACGGGCACCCUGACUGUUGAGUUCCUGUUCAUCGAGGGUGCAGAGGUGCCGCAAAUCGGGACGAAGCCGCACAAAGUAAAGGAGACGAUAAAGCCCGUGACGCCGACGCGUAGUUACACACCAACGAAUCAUCAACAACUGAACAACACCAGUAGCUUAAAUUACAACAACGGUAACAGCACCUUUAUCUUAUACGAUUCUGGCAGUCAAUCUCCAGGUGGUGAGGGUGAUUAUCUUUCAAACGGAAACGGUCUCGACUCUCCCUAUAGAACCGGACAAUUCAACGGCAACAAAGGAACGCUUAUAGUUCACAGUCAGCAGAGGCAACCGGAGCGACAAGUCGUUAAGGUCGCUUUGACGCAGGCUGGAAACUGGCAAGAAGUGUCGCCCGAGCAUGGCACCAAAGACAAUAGCACAGCAUCGGGUCCUGAAAGUACUCCGAAUUCCUCGAACUCCGAAGGCCUUAGAGAGAGGGGAAGAACAAGGAGAAAACGUAGGGACUUUUUCGGUACUAUAAAGCGACGCCUGGGACGUUCGAAGAACAGAAGCCGGUCCGUUGGACCGGAAGGAGAUGCUCCUUACGAAGAAGCUAACUCAAGGUCGAUAUCCGCCGAUAGAGCUCACGAUCCUGGCUCAGGCUUACUGUCGGUACCAGGAAGAGAAGAACAAUCCAGAAGAUCAAGUUUAAGCGAGGCUUCAGCGGUUAGUGGAACUUCAACGAGGACGUAUUUAAACGAAGCGUCGACCCUCGUUUUGGAAACCUUGGAGAACGGAAUAAAAAAGCAUUAUCUAGUCCCGUUGUCACUCGCCCAGAAAAGCAAAUGGAGAAAAAAGGGAACGAAAUUACACAUUUUCAACGACCACACAUUCAUUGCGAAACACAUGUCAGGGGGCACAACCUGCGAGGUUUGUAAGCGAACCUUGGCUCGAAGAUUGGGUAAGCAGGGUUACGAGUGCAGGGACUGCCAGUUAAAAUGUCACAAACACUGCCACGUCAAAGUUGAUUCCACAUGCCCUACGUCCACUAUACAGAGUAUCGAAUUGUCCCUACUGCCAGUACUGAGCGAAUAGUGAUAGAACGUACAUAAAGAACACCCAACUCGAACGAAAGCCAUCGACUCGACUAUGUUAGUGAUUAAAUAAUAUUAAUAAGAACAAUAAAGAUAUCGAAACCAACAUUAAAGCAAACACCAGAGCGACUUAAAUGAUUGAGAAAAACCAAACAGUGAGUGAGGUCACUCAUAGGGUUCACACUUACUGAAACUAUUAUACAUACACACACUUCUAUAAUAUAUAGGUAUAUAGAUUUAUACAAAAAUAAUAUCGCUUUUAUGGCACAGAAUGAAUACAUAUUUAUUUAAUAUGUGUACUACAUAUUAUGUACUAUACAUAUUUAAUAUAUAAACAAUAAUUUCGCGAGUAAUUCAUAUGAUAUGGGAUUUAAUUCAAUCGAAAGAUGUUAACUAAUAGUACCUAACAAUUGUCAAACCGAAAACGACAAAAAAAGAAAGAACUAAUGGAUAAAUUGAUGAAUAAUCAUAAUCGACGCAGAAUAUAGAUCGUCAUACUUAUUUAUUUUAUAUUUUAUUCAUUUAUGUAAAGUAUACAUAUACAUAUAUUUUUGUUUCCUUGUUUCGGUUCUUCGUGAGCUUUUUUGCAACUUUUCUAUACGACAUUUGUAUACCUAUAAAUUAAAACAAAAAGAAGAAUAACAAUAAUUUUUAGAAUUACAAUCACGUAACUAUUAUGUACUGAUCGCGUAUAAUAUAAAAUAUUGUUUUCUUUGAAUGAAAAAAUCGUAUAUUAUAUAUAAUUCAUCAACUAUAAUUAUAAUACACAGAUAUAUAUGUUAUAUGCGAGAUUUAAUAUAUAAAAUAAAUAUUUAUAAUUGUAUGUUAUUAUUAAAUAUAUCACUGCGCAGAGUGAACGAUAAUCAGUCGAGACGAUCAUACGUUUGUAAUAAUUCAUUUCUAUUUUAGUUUAUCUUCAAAUUUAUAUCCGAAAUUAAUUAAUCAUUCAUUUCAUUAUUAUAAGUUUCAAUCGAUUAUUUAUUAUUGUCGUCAUCAUAAUUAUCGAAAUUUGCUCCGUCUUUCAAGUUACAAAAUGAAUACAAUUGUUUACAAUUGUAUUAAAUUUAUGACUAUAUGAUCGCAAUAAUAUUAUGAAUCAUCGUUAUAAUACAAAUGAUUGUAAGUUGUAACAAAAAAACAUUAAUACCGAGCGGUUUUUCUUCUUUGUUCUUAUUUUGUUCAUAUUCCGCAAAAUGUCGACGUACGCGCAAAUUUUUCUGCUGACAAUACCUAUACUGUGUGUCUACUGACAUAGAUAUAUAUUGAUGGUACUGAUUUUUAUCAUCCGAUGACAUGCGUAUAUAUUUAUUGAUAGAUAUUCGUUUACAAUCAUUAGAAAUCAAUACCAGCGCACUUAUACGGAUAGGUAAUGACAAUGAUAAUGUUAUUAAUUACGAUAACGAAAAUUAUUAAUAACUCUAAUGAAAUAUACUUAUAUGUAUGCAACAAAUCGAUAUAGGUACGGUACAUACACACACGUUCAUCUAUAUAAAAUUAUGAUCGCUUUGAUGGAUUAUUAUAAUACGUGUAAUAAUUCACACCGUUUUGUGUUCUAACAAAAAGCAAAAGAAGAGAAGUUUAAUGAGAAAAUUAUUUAAGAUCAAAAAGCGCUGAUUAUUUAGAUACGUACUAUACAUUAGCUGUAUGAUUGAAAUUUUUCCAAAUCGCAAUAGCUUGUAGAGUAACGAGAAUUAUUAAUAAUGAUAAAAUACGAUCUAGUGCCUACAUAGAUGUUGUUUAUAUACAUAAAUGAAAUAAAUAUUAUUAAUAAUUAUAUUUAUACCUACGUAGGUAUAAUUAUUGCGACGGUACAAUGCAUACAUAAUAUAUAUUACUUUAUGUAUAACGAUGUGGUUGUACACAAUUAUUUGUUUAUUAUAACACGAUGCAGAAAAAAUCUAAAAACAAAAAGAAAUAUAUAAUGACGCACACUUAUGGAAAUAAA